AUGGCAGUGUCACGCUUUCCGUGUCGGGUCAGGAAUGUGUGCAGGGGGUUGUCUUUGCUCGUGGGUCUGGUGGUAGCACUGUUGGUCAAUGCGAGAGGGACGGCUGCUUGGAGCGUCACAUGCCGAGAUCAGGCUUGUUUGCAGACUGCCGUUCGAAAUGCAUCCGCUUUUCGCGGCGCUGAAAACAUCACGGUGACAGUGAUGGGACCUGUGACGCUCACCAGCUCGCUGCAAUUGGGCGCGAGACCUGAGCACACGGGAACCCUGAUCUUCCGCGGCAAUGAAAGCCAAGGGAAACCGGGUGCGUUCGAGGGGGGUCAUGUGGUGACGGCAGCCUGGCAUCCCGUGCAACUGCUGGGCAUUGACCUCUGGGCCGCCCGCGCCCCCGCGUCCCUGCAGUUGGGGGACAAUCAGACGCGGUGGCGCGCAGCUCGCCAGUUGUACAUUGAUGGCCAACGCUACUCCCGCACCCGCUCGCCCCCAGAUGCGGUUGGUCUGACCAUCACCAACGCCACGGGUGACGCUGCAGGCUAUGCCACCACCUCCACGGUGCCCCUGGCUUGGCCCGAUCCAGCGGCCGUAGAGCUAGUGUCGGACCACACGUGGGUUCAGCACCGCUGUUUGGUGGCCAACACAAGCAACCUCACAGCCGUGUCUUUGUCUACCAGUGCGCCCUGCACCGCCAAUUGGAGCAUGCCUGUUCUGGGCGCCUCGCCUGGAAGCUCACUAAAGCAGGUGCCUCUCACGUCAUACCAAGCCUGCCAGCAAGCAUGUUGCCAACUGGGUGCGGCCUGCAAGGCCGUCGACUUUCGGCCAGGCUCCUGCUAUCUUCUGGAUCGUACUUACGAUGGCAACUACAGUCCGCAUGGUGCCUCCAAGCUGGCGAACAUGAACCCGGCCAAUGUUCCCGUCAUGCGUUCGCGCAUCAACAUGGCCCAGCCCUGCUUCACAGACGUGCAGAAUAAUGGUCAAUACAGUAUGACGCUCCCCAGCUUUCUGGAGAACACAGCCAACUUCACAGGCCCUGGCCAGUGGUUUUACGAUCAAGGAAAGGGCAUCGUUUAUGUCUGGCCCCUGGCUGAGCACGUGCAGAUCAACUCCUCCUGCGUGGUCCUGGGUGGGCUUGAUGUGCUCGUGAAUUUGCAUGGUGCGGAGCGCGUGGAGUUGACCAAUUUGACCUUGGCCUAUAGCUCAUGGUUGCGGCCCUCCACCGGCAACGGCUUUGUUGAGCGCUACGGCACCAUUUUUUUUGCCAAUGGCACCAACUUGGCCAUGCCACCUGCCGCCCUGCAAGCCGCCUUCGUGUCAGACCUGAACAUUGAAGAGUGUAGCUUCUUACAUCUCGGGUCGUGGGCCAUGGCGGUGGGACAAGCCGUCAAGCGCAUCCGUAUCAGCCAGAAUCUGUUUUACGACGUUUCCGGGGGCAGCUUGGUUCUAGGGGCGCUCAAUGGGACACAUGAGACUGAUCCUCAGCUACAGACGGCGGAGAUCGUCGUGGCAGACAACGUCAUUCAGAACAUGUCGGUCGAAUACAAGGGAGCGCCCGGCUUGCAUAGCUUCUGCCUCCGUGACUCGAUCAUCGAGCACAACCGGAUCGAUACUGUGGGGUACUCGGGCAUAUCCUACAACUGGCCUCUGCGCCAAGGCCCGACGCUAGGCCCCAAUGCCACCGAUCCAAGUCUCGGCUUUACGCGCAACAACGCCAUUCGUAACAACGAUAUUGCCCGCUUCAUGACCUAUAUGAUGGAUGGAGGUGGUAUCCACACCAUUGGACGCACUGUCAACACGACAUUGUCCGGCAACUACUUUCAUGACAUGGGGGCUGGAGCACCUGGUUGGCACUCGGUUGAAGCACAGAGUGUAAUCUACAUUGACAAUUGGAGCUGCGGUUACGCCAUCACAAACAACGUGCUGGAGCAUUGCAACGCGACCAAGCAGGGCUACUACUUUUUCCAGGGCCCUUCCGAGGGCACCGCGCAUGACAAUGUUGUCGACGGCCUUUACCUUCGAGAUGCUGGAAGCAUCAACCCCAACACGCCUGGCAUGCCGUGCAACUGCAGCAACGUCCACGACGUCGUUGGCCCUUGGCCUGCCACGGCCGCGGCCAUCAUUGCCGCGGCGGGGCCCCGGCGACCGUAA